AUGGGUGCUCGAGCUGCUUAUAUUUAUAUUAGAGGAGAAUUUUACAAUGAAGCAUGUGUUUUACAGGAAGCUAUACAUGAGGCUUAUAAGGCUGGUUUUAUUGGAAAGGACUGUUUUGGCACUGGUUACAACUUUGAUAUUUUUGUUUAUAGAGGAGCUGGAGCCUAUAUUUGUGGUGAAGAGACGGCUUUAAUUGAAUCCUUGGAAGGAAAGCAGGGAAAGCCUAGACUUAAACCUCCAUUUCCUGCAGAUAUUGGAGUUUUUGGUUGUCCUACAACCGUUACCAAUCUUUUUUGUAUUUCUGGUCAUGUAAAUGAACCGACAACAGUCGAAGAAGAAAUGUCUAUUCCUUUGCGCGAUUUAAUUGAAAGACAUGCUGGCGGGGUUAUUGGUGGAUGGGAUAAUUUAUUAGGUAUAAUUCCUGGUGGAUCUUCUGUUCCUGUUAUUCCUAAGAGGUUUAAAAUUUUAAAAAUUUUAAAAUUUUAUUUUUUAAGCAUUUGUGAUGAUGUUCUAAUGGAUUUUGAUGCUCUUAUUAAGGUUGAGUCUGGAUUGGGGACUGCGGCCGUUAUUGUUAUGAAUAAGCAGGUAUUUCUGUUUGAACUCAUUUCAAUAAAAAAUAUUACAUAUUAUUAA